AUGCCGCCUUGUCCCACAACCCUGCAAAUGCUGCUCGUUGUGCUCUGCACUGGGUGUGGAUGUGAAGUGGCUGCGAGCACUCUGUCUGACGGCAGCCUCCAAGCCCUUGUCGCCACCAUCUCCGUGCCGCCACGCCUCACCACACCAACCCAGCCCACAUCUUCUCAACGCUCCCAUCCCCCCAACGUGCUGAGCUCCCACCACCCCCCUCCCUCGUUGACAACCCUCUUGUGUCCGCCCCCUGUGCUGCCCCACUGUCGCCGUACUCCCCACCAGGUGGUGAACAGGGUGCAGAAGCUGCGCAAGCGGGCGGGGCUGGAGCCGUCAGAUGCGGUGGAGGCGUUCAUUCACGUGCAUGGGGGCGAUGGGGCUGACGGCACACACGGGGAGAAUGGCAAGGAGGGCGGUGACGGUGCUGAGGAGUCGGCGCUGCACCGCAUUCUGGCGGCUCAGUUGUAUCUAUUCGCAGGGGUGUGGACGAGUAAAGUAAACCCGUGUGCUCUCUGCACAUACACCCCACCCCGCCUUUCCUUCCACCCCGUUCCUCAUGGCGAGCAGGUGGUGCUGGCAUCAGAGCGGUACAGCGGGGUGGCGGGGGCCACCUUCACGCUCACGCUCACUCGCCCCGCUCUCUGCUUCUCGCCGUCCCUCACUGCUGACCUCUGCCACGGCGAGGCAGCGGCAGCCACGGCAGUGCAGGUGGCGCUCAUGGCGCGCGACCCCGCCAAGCUCAAGGCGGAGAUUGCCGGUGCAGGUGGCAAGGUGAGGAGAGAUAGACUCCCACCCUCUCUGCAUCUGCCCUUUCCUGCCCCCCCACCAGGCGAUGCAGCAGCAGCCACGGCGGUGCAGGUGGCGCUCAUGGCUCGCGACCCCGCCAAGCUCAAGGCCGAGAUGGCCGCUGCAGGCGGCAAGGUGAGCAGCCAUAGCCAUGCCGUGUGGUUGAUGUGA